AUGAGCCAAGUUAUUGUCGACCACGAAACGCGCGUAGAGAUCCUCCAGAUCCGACCCAAGGGCUUGACCCUCUUCGACGCUCUGUACAACUCCCUCGUUCUCAGGAACACGCUGCCCUAUCUCCCCGUGUCUGGCCUGCUGAACCUUGCCGCCACCUGCCGCGACCUCCGGUGCCUCAUCUACCAGACGCCUGGCGUAUUUCGUCACCUCGACCUCACGCGGGUUAAGACGGCGCAUUUCGGCACCACCAACACCGAAGCUGAGCGUAGUCUUUCUGUUUGGCGCAAUGUGCAGCUCUCCGAGUACUUGACUGAGGAUGACUUCUACGCCGGGCCCUUGAGGGGCAUCUUUUCGACGCUCAAGCAGCGAGACAUUCUCCGCGAUGUUCAAUCUCUGAUCCUCGACGGCCUCUCGGUCACGGCCGAGCUCUGCCACGAGAUCAUCAACGACCCGACUUACAGCGUGCGCAUGCUCUCGAUCCGCGAUGUCAAGAACCUGAACCACGGCAAGCUGCGCGCCGCGCUGGCUUAUGCCUGUCGCAGCACCCGCCCAGAGGGUGCCCCGCGACUCAAGGCUCUGUACAUCUUUGGUUGGAACCACAAGAGCCACAAGGCACUGAGCGCAUCUCUUGAGGGAGAGGCCGACGCCUGGUGGUCUCGUAAGGGUCGAAUGCUCAGCAAUGGCAUUGACGCAGACUGGGCGCAAUGCCUUCUAGCAUGCCAAGGUCUCAUCUCCUUUGAUGCCGUGCUGUGCCAGGGCCCACGCCACAGCAACUCGCCAGCCUUUGGCAAGAUGCAUCUGCGAUAUGCCUGCAACCCUGCCAUCGCCACCUUUGCGGUUGGCGGUUGCGCGUCCUGUGGCAAGGCGCCCGAGGGGCUCAUGAACACUGAGACAACCCAUCCUUCAGCACUGCCGCUGCUGUCUCCGCCGCCGAUCCUCUCAUCGUCUGUGCAGGCGGCCACUGCGCCCCGGCCCGGAGGCCAGCCCUUUGCAGCGCGAUGCGCCGACUGCCUUAGGGACAGGUUCUGCGUGACGUGCAACAAGUGGUGGUGCGAGACGUGCUACGAACCAUUUGGCCAUUCUCACGGCGCCCGCGUCUCACGAAGCUGCUGGGAAUGCGGCAUGAAUUGCGAUGACUGCAUCGAGCGCACGCAAAAGAUCUGCAGGAAGUGCUGCGGCGGAUACUGCCUCACGCACAACGAGGGUUCCUCGUCGUCUUUCUGUGAUUGGUGCUUCUCACGAGGUCGAGGCCUCACGCGCGUCUAGGCCCUCAGGGUGAAACCUCAGUCAACGACCGCUGCAGCGGUGAAAAUGCGCGCUCGGCCCCAUGCGUUGGUUGUUUGCUGCUGUAUCAGCCAGCGAGCGACAGGCGCGUGAGCCAUCAUCACGGACAAGGGACCUGGACCUGCAAGUCUGACAGGGCUGAGCUGGACAAGCAGAUACAUCUCCGUCCGUCACACCACUCACGGAGAUUUAUGUUUUGGAACCUGGAACGGUUUUCUGUUGUUCCCUGGUCUGAAUAAGCUAGGGGGUUUGUCUAUGCUCAAGGAAAACACGGACAUCUCGGAAGCGCGAUCCCUGG